CGGAGACGGCGGCAUGGAGGGGCUCGGCUCCUGACUCUCGGGCGACCCUCGCCCUCGGCUCCCGCGCGCCGCCUGCCCGUUCCCUAGCCUCCGCCUCCCCCCCGCACACGCGCCCCUCCGCCUCCGCCUGCAUGUCCGCGCCGCCCUAGCCGAGGAUGCUGAAGAUGAAACUGCCCCUGAAGCAGACUCACCCCAAGGAGCAGCAGCAGCAGCUGGAGGCUGAGGAGCAGGCGGCGGCGGAGGCGGACGGGCGGAUGGGCGUCAAGGACCCGCUCCACCGGCGCGACUGUCACCUCCCGCUGCACCCGGCCGUGCGCCCACCGCUGCCUCCGGGCCCCGGGGGGCGCUGCCUCCGGGAGCGGCCGGGCCCGCUGCGUGGCUUGCUGCUGCCGGGGCCGCCUGUUGCUGCCGGGGCGGCGGCCGUGGCGGCGGCGGCCGGGGAGGGCAUGUCCCUGCAGGGCGGCUGCGGCCCCGCCUCGCUGCUCCGGGACCAGGAGCGGGUGUACGAGUGGUUUGGGCUGGUACUGGGCUCGGCGCAGCGCCUCGAGUUCAUGUGCGGGCUACUGGACCUGUGCAACCCGCUGGAGCUGCGCUUCCUGGGCUCGUGCCUGGAGGACCUGGCCCGCAAGGACUACCACUACCUGCGGGACUCGGAGGCCAAGGCCAAUGGCCUCACGGACCCGGGACAGCUCGGAGACUUCCGAGACCCCGCCGUCCGCUCCCGCCUCAUCGUCUACCUGGCGCUGCUGGGCUCGGAGAACCGCGAGGCGGCCGGGCGUCUGCACCGCCUGCUCCCUCAGGUGGACUCGGUGCUCAAGAGCUUCAGCUCCGUGGUCGCCUGCGGCCCCAGCGGCCGCCCGGCCCCAGCCCGCAGCGACCCCGAGCUGGGCGAGGAGAAGGGGGACAAACUGGAGGAGCGGGGCCCGGAAGGCAGUGGCGCGGCGCCCCGAGCCGACGGGCUGGGGUUUGGGGCCCAGGAGGAGCUUCUGCUGCUUUUCACUAUGGCCUCCCUGCACCCGGCUUUCUCCUUCCACCAGCGGGUCACCCUGAGGGAGCAUCUGGAGCGGCUUCGGACGGCCCUGCGAGGGGACCCGGAGAAUGGAGACGUGGAGGAGUGCAACUUCCCUGCCCUCAGGGCCCAGAAUGACACUUCCUGUGGUGAUUAUAUUCGAAAUAAUGAAACCAGUUUGAUGGAACAAGCCCCUUUACUUCACGAUGGACUUACCAUGGCUUCUCAUAGAACUCAACGAGAAGCUGUACACAUUGAGAAAAUAAUACUGAAAGGAGCACAAAGAAAAAGGGCUGACAAGCAUUGGGAAUACACCUUCAAAGUAAACUGGUCUGAUCUUUCUGUAACAACUGUAACAAAAACACAUCAAGAACUACAAGAAUUCCUACUAAAGCUUCCAAAGGAACUGUCUUCAGAAACUUUUGACAAGACAAUUUUGCGAGCACUAAAUCAGGGGUCUCAGAAGAGAGAAGAACGGAGACACCCUGACCUAGAGCCAAUCCUAAGGCAGCUAUUUUCAGCUUCAUCGCAAGCUUUUCUACAGAGUCAAAAAGUGCACAACUUCUUUCAGUCCAUAUCAUCAGAAUCUUUGCACAGUCUCAGUAAUUUGCAGUCUUCUUUAAAGGCAUCUAAAAUACCAGAACACUUAAAGGAGGAUAGUUCUGAAGCUUCAAGUCAGGAGGAAGAUGUUUUACAACACACAACAAUUCACAAGAAACAUACUGGAAAGGGUCCUGUAAUGAACACUGUUGGUACAAGUUGUUCCUCAUUGGAUGGUCUCGCCCUACAACGCUCUGAACAGAAUGGAGUGGUUGUGGACUGGAGAAAGAAAGGCUGUGUUCUGCAGCACCCAGAGCACUGCACAGCAUUGAUAGACCAGCAUGCAGCAGAUAAAUGGAGCUUAUCUUCAUUAAGCAAAAAGAAAGGAAAACCCCAAAUAGAAAAGGAGAAAAUUAAGAAGACAGACAGUAGAUUGAACAGUAGAACUAAUGGUGUUAGUGUCUCCACACCCCAGCAUGUCCGUGGAGGCACAGUGAAAGAUCCCAACUUGGAUAUUGGAUCUGGGCACGAUACAUGUGGAGAAACAUCUUCAGAGAGCUACAGUUCUCCUUCUAGCCCACGGCAUGAUGGGAGGGAAAGCUUUGAAAGUGAAGAAGAAAAAGACAGAGACACAGACAGCAAUUCUGAGGAUUCAGGGAAUCCAACUACAACCAGGUUUACAGGUUAUGGCAAUGUCAACCCAUCUACUGUCAAUGUCCAACCACCUGCUCAGAUUUCUUCAAUAGGAAAUGAGAAUGGAAGUAUUUCAGAGGAUCCUUUAACCCCUUCUAAGUAUCAACACAUUUCACCUACGCCUGCCUUACACUGUGUUACGUACGGUGGUGCACAGAAGUCUGAAGUUGUUGUCCCUCCACCCAAAACUGCUGAUGGCAAAGCCAUGGGGAUGCUUGUUACUAGUCCAGUUGCUAUUUCUGCAAUACGAGAAUCUACAAAUUCAACGCCAGUUGGAAUAUUAGGACCAACAGCUGCUUCUGGAGAAUCAGAAAAACGUCUUGAGCUCUUGACUUCCCCUUUACCUGUACCAUCCCCUUUCCUUCCACAUACUGUCCAGCCUGGGAGUCCUGCUUUGCAUUUGGCAAUACACAGGCUAAAAAUACCAUCUCCACAGGGACCUUCAGAGAGUUGCACAGUAAAUGUUCCACAGCAGCCUACUGGAAACUUGAGCAUUGGAUCACCAAACACUGCCUUUAUUCCAGUCCACAACCCAGGUAGUUUUCCAGGAUCUCCAGUUGCUACCACAGAUCCCAUCACAAAGUCUGCAUCCCAAGUGGUAGGACUGAAUCAAAUGGUGCCUCAAGUUGAGGGAAACACAGGGACAAUCCCUCAGCCUACCAAUGUAAAGGUAGUUCUUCCUCCUGCUAGCCUCUCUGCAGCAGCACAGCCACCAGCUUCCUAUACUUUACCAGGCUCUCCCCUUUCUGGUAGUGUGUUACCUAACCAGAAUACAAAUGUGCUAAACACAGCAGCACCAUCAACUCAAUCAGCUAGUACAGGGGUCAGUCAGGUCCAGUCUUCUAUUCCUCCUGCAGUUCCUACCCAUACACCAGGCCCUGCUCCUAGCCCAAGCCCUGCUUUAACACACAGUACUGCACAGAGUGACAGCACAUCUUACAUAAAUGCUGUGGGAAAUACUAACACUAAUGGGACACUAUUACCCCCACAGCAAGUAGGGUCAGGGCCUUGUGGUUCCUGUGGACGAAGGUGCAGCUGUGGGACCAAUGGAAACCUUCAAAUAAAUGGUUACUUUUAUCCUAAUCCAAUGCCUGGACCAAUGUAUAGAGUUCCAUCGUUCUUUACUCUGCCAUCUCUUUGCAAUGGCAGCUACCUCAACCAAGCACAUCAGAGCAAUGGAACCCAGCUCCCCUUUUUUCUGCCUCAGACUCCAUAUGCAAAUGGACUGAUGCAUGACCCAGUAAUGGGGAACCAAGCCAACUAUGGCAUGCAGCAGAUGGCAGGAUUCGGGAGAUUCUACCCUGUAUAUCCAGCACCUAAUGUAGUUGCCAACUCAAAUGGAUCAGGGCCCAAGAAGAAUGGGAAUGUUUCAUGUUACAAUUGUGGUGUAAGCGGACACUAUGCGCAGGACUGUAAGCAGUCAUCAAUGGAGGCCAAUCAACAAGGCACUUACAGACUGAGAUACGCACCUCCCCUCCCCCCUUCUAAUGAUACGUUGGAUUCUGCAGACUGAAACAAGUAAACAUUGCCUCUUAAUACACUGAAGCUUGGGGAAAGUGGGAGUGGGAGGGUGAGGAGGGGAAGGAAAGUUGUUUUUUUUUUUUGUCUUGCCUUUAUAUUUCCCCGGAUUUCUAUGCAGUUGGGGUUUUUCAUUUCUCUUGCAUCAAUGUUCCAAAA